GGUCUAUGUAGAGCAGAUUGUAUAAUGUUAGUGUUAGAAUUAUGUCCCUGUGGACCUUUAAAUUCAUUUUUAGCUAAGCACAAAGAACUGAAGCAGUCAACAGUUGUUCAGUUAAUGUGGCAGGUAGCUCAAGGAAUGGCUUAUCUUCAUUCUAAAAAUUAUGUACAUAGAGACUUAGCUGCCAGAAAUGUAUUAUUAGUGUCCGAAAAUUCUGCUAAAAUAAGUGACUUUGGUAUGUCUAAAGCACUCAACAUUGGAAAUGAUUAUUACAAGGCCCAAGAAGCUGGUAAAUGGCCAUUAAAGUGGUAUGCUCCAGAAUGUGUAUACUAUUGGAAGUUUGAUGCAAAAUCUGAUGUAUGGAGUUAUGGCGUAACACUGUGGGAGGCAACUUCAUAUGGUGAAAAACCUUACAGGAAAAUGAAAGGAAAUGAGAUCCUGAAGUUUUUGGUAGAAGACGAAAAAAGGUUACAGAAACCAGACUUUUGUGAUGAGCAAGUUUAUGAAAUUAUGUUGGAGUGUUGGCAAUAUGAUAAAAAAGAUCGACCCACAUUUGAAGAAAUUGACCAUAAGAUGAAAUAUCAACAACAGAGACUGCUGAGUUUAAAUAAGUGAUUUUUUUUUAUUAGAAAAUGAAUAAGAUCAUACCAGUAUUGUUCCAAUAUUGUUAAUUUUUAAAACUUUACAUGGUAAUAUUUGUUUGUCUUUGUUAUUGCAAAUAGAAUAUAUUUGUAAAUGAUUUGUAAUGAUUUGCCAGACUAUACACGCCUUACUGACAUUGACUACAAGUUUUGUUAUUUUAGAUAUAAUUGUUAUUAGUAUGUGCAGGGAGAACUUGGAUGAUUUAUCUUGACAUGCAUAUAAUAUCAGAAAGGAUAUAUAUGUUUUGAUAUAAAAUCUGUACAAAAUAUUUUAAAAAAUGUCAGUUUACACCUUCAUUUCAGAAUAAAAUUAGUUUAUUGUCUCGACAAUGUUAGAUUGGGGGAGGGGGCAUUUUAAAUGGCUGGGAUCACUCUAAUUUUGUUAUAAAAUCAAGAUAAAACAGAAUUGAUUGUUUCUAGAAUUUUCAAACUUAUCUCUCUUCAAGACUUAUCAAAGAGAAGUUUUGUGCAAUUUAAAAUAAAAAGAUCUUGCAUGCAUUGUCUCAUCAACAAUUUAUUUUUUUACGUUUAAAUUUUUAUUUGAUGAAAUUGUAGAAAUGAAAAGUUUACAUUGUUUACAUUGAAAACCUGUUGUGGAAAAUUAUUUACUGUUUUUUUUUCAGUUUUGGAUGUUAUCCAUCAAUAAAACCUCUAGGAGCUAGGUUAGAUAUUCAAAUUGCAAAAAUGAACAUUAAUAAAAUGUAUUACUAAGGUAUAUGCAUAUAAAAGUUCUAGCAAACUGUCAAAAUAUUCACUAGGUGAGUGGUACCAGCACUAGUGGGCCACUUGUUUCAAUGAUCAUGUGGUUUUAACAUUGAAGAAAAAUUUCAGCAUUUGAACUGUUUUAGUAUAUAAUUAGGACACUUUUGUUUUUUUAUGUGUGUAAUUAUACUUUUUCUUAAGAUAUCUCAUAGUGUCCUCAUUCCUGGUGCUACAAAAGCAGUCAUUUCAUGACAUAUUCAUAUUUCAUUUACAUGUUGGCUUGUGGAUAUGAUAUUUCAUCAUCAUUGUGCAUAAUUAUAUAUGAAUGGUUCAUAUGUUUCAAGUGUUAAUGUAAAGGAAACAAAACCUGUCAUCAGAAUCAGCUGUUUUUUUUCCUGGCCAUUUAAGUUAAGUGUCCCAUUGAAUAAAUACAAUAGCUUUUGUUUUCUGUGGUGUUCUCCUUUAAAAACCAAUCGUUCAUUAAUUAAUUCUGCUUUAAAACACAUAAUUCAAUUUUCCAAAAUUUAGAGUUAGGUAAACAUCAACAGAUACUGGGGAAAUUUUUUAUUUUUUUCAAAAUAACAAUUUAAAAGAACUUUUUGUAUACAAACUGUAAUUGAGAAUUUUGUAUGAUAGUUAUUUUUAUAAUGAAUUUCACAAUCUUUUAUAUUUGUGAAAUAUGAGUUUCGAACAACUUUUUAUUUUGCAUAAAACAUAUGUUUUCUUCAAUCAUUAGAUCAUCUAUAGUUAUUCAUAAGUAGAAUUAUAUUAGUUGAAAUGUUCAUUUUUUAUCAAAUGUUUAGAAAAAGACAUGGGAACAAUAGUUGCAAAAAAAAUCAACAUUAGGAUAAUAAAGAAUCAUAGAUUUGAUUUGCUGCUAUUAAAGGCUUCAUAUCAUUUGUUUUAAACACGCAAUGGGGCUUAUUCUAAUCAUUUUGGGAUCCUGGCUUUAUUUAGAAUUUUGCUAGAGUUUUAUUAUUCAAGAAAUCACAUUUGCUUAUUAAUUUGUUGGUGUGUACAAAAAAUUUCCCAAAUAAAAUUUGAUGUACUUUA